GCAUCAAAGCUGAUCUGCUUCACAGGCCAUGAAAAUACUUGGAAAGACAACACAGCAAUUAAAAAGAAAAUGGAUGGUGAAGACCCGAAACAGGGAACCACAGAAAAUGGUGAAGAGGGCCUCUUUCAGAAAUCCCCAUUCAGCUUGUUUAUGAGACGGAUCCAGAAGAAGAAAGCUUCUGCUGAGAAGGAGAAAUGUCAACGUUCAGCAACAAGGACCAGAGUCGUUUACCAGGACUCGCAGCAAGGGAAAUCUCCAGAUGAAACUGGAAAUGGAAAUGAAGGCUCCAAAAUGAAUAAUUCUAGAGCAGAAAAUGUGGAGCAUGUUCUCCCUGAAGCAGAUGACUUGCCAUCUCCUGUUCCCAAAGCUGACUCAAUGGUGUGUCAUUGGAGAGUUAACCAGUUCUUGGAAAAAUUGGGCAAACGACCUUCUAGCAAGGUGUUGGACUUAAAUAAUUGUGCAUUAUGUGCAAGGGAUAUAAUGGACCUGAUUACCAUGAUACCUUUGCUUCCAGACUUGGAGGAGAUUGAUCUGUCCUGGAAUGAUUUCAUAGGAGUGGCACUAGAACCUCUUAUCCUUCAGUUCAAACAUUUGCAAGAGCUAAAAGUACUCCGUCUGAACAACUGCAGACUCACAGCCAAAGAUGUUGCUUUUCUAGGAGAAGCACUUGAAGGAAUUCCUCACCUUGAGAUACUGGAUUUAUCGUGGAAUCCCAAUAUUGGUGGGAGCCUUUGCCUUCUAACUCAGAAAAUUCCCCAAGACUAUAACCUCAAAACACUGAAAGUGACAGACUGCAAUUUGACUGCUGAAGACGGUGAAUCACUAGCUCAACUUCUAAACAAGAUCCACAGCAUUGAAGUACUGGAUUUGUCUUUAAACAAAAUGAUAGGAUAUAGUCUGAAGAGUAUUGCCCAAGAACUAAAACAUGUCAAAGGCCUGAAAGUACUAAAUUUGAACAUGUGUGGGUUAAAACAAGACGGAUUCCAGUUUUUGGACACUGCCUUGCAGCACUUAUUGGAAUUAAGAACAUUAGAUGUAUCGUGCAAUAAAGAGAUUGGAGGGGGUUUCCAGAACUUAGCUGCUCAUUUGGCUGGCCUAAGUAACCUUGAAGUCCUGGAUCUUCAUCAGUGUUGUAUUACAGAAGAAGACAUGGCAGUUUUAACCCAGAUAAUACCUCUUUUGUCAAGUCUUCAAGAACUGAAUUUAUCAUCAAAUAAAAGUGUUGGUGCGUCUUCUGAUCAACUUCUUAGCAGGCUCAGAUUUUUACCGAAACUGAACUCCGUGCUUCUUAGCAAUUGCUCUUUACAGCAUGAUUCAUUUGCAUCUUUAGCCGAGGCUGCCCUUCACCUUCCUGAACUGAAGAUAUUAGACCUUUCUUGGAAUAAAUGCGUUGGCGGGAACCUAAAGCUGAUUCUGAACGCGCUAAACCUUGGAGCCGAGAUCCAAGUGUUAAGACUGAGCAGCUGCAGCUUGGUCGAUGAGGAUCUGGCUGGCCUUGCCUCAGUCAUCCAAGCUGGGCACCUGGCUCCAUUACAGAAGUUGGACCUUAGUUAUAAUGGCCGUAUCACUGACCAAGGAUGGGCAACGUUCUGUCAAAGCUUAGUUGCACUAGAGCAGCUUUCUGAACUGGAUGUCAGUCGUCGGCCGUCAUCACGUUGCGGCUGUGGGGAAUGGUUCAGCAAACUCUUGGCAGCCCUGCCAAAGCUGCUCCUGUUCACGGAGCUGGGACUGCAAGGCUGGAUUCUUUCUGAAGUUCAACAAAAGCAGCUGGAACAUUUCAAUCAGGAUAAUGAACGAAAUGUUCGCAUUGACACUUGGUACGGAGCCUGA